AUUGUGUGCAUUGACCUUAAGGCACCAGAGAAUGUGUUUUUAGUUUGUUUUUUUCUUAAUUUUGAUAGAAUUUUUUUUGCAAAAAUUAACAUUGUGUUCAUCAUGAGUCAGGAUUCUGAUGAAGAUGUUAUCUUUGAGAACUCUGCAUUACAUCAACAUCUGAAGUCUGCUGGUGUAGAGGAUGUCAAGACUGAGACUUAUCAAACUCAACAGCUGAGGGAAAAUGAAGCUCUAACUGAAGCUUUUGGCAAAAACUGUUCAAAAAUUGAUAAGAAUUGGAAAAUGCUCAUAUCAGACUGGUUUGGCUUUCUUCAUUUGAAAACCACAUUGAGACAUUUGGAGACUGUUGCAAGGAGCAAAAUUUAUUAUGAGUUGAGACAAGGCACUACUCUUGAACCAGAUGAUGCAAGUUUUCUAGAGGAGUUCCUUGGACCAUGUUUUGAAACCCAAAGUGAUGCUUGCAGAAAAGUUGCAGGGCUCUUAGGAUUUGCAGUGGUAAUUGUUGCGGUUCUCUGCCAACGAAUAAUGACAACAAACUUAACUCUUAAACAUGUCUUUUACUCUGAUCCAUUGGUUGUCAUGGCAACAUGUUGUCUUAUGCUGUUGAUUGGUUGUUAUCUGUUUCUGUUUAUCAAACAGAAAAGGCUUGAAGAGCAAAUAACAGUGUUUGUAGAAUUUUUGAAAACUUUGGAACAGUUUCAGUUGCUUUUGAAAAAGUCCAUUCGACUCAUUCAGGAGUCCGAGCUAGUGGCCCGUGGUUUUACUCUGAUUGCUAACACAGGACCUUUACAUGGAAUGGAGCAAAGGUCUGGACGAAGUGCGGCUCGUCAGUGCCCAGAGCUGCGACAUAGUGUCUUCCAUGCCUCGCGGGAUAGCAUGAUGUACAUCAGAAAUGCUACACGUCGUCUUCUUCAAACGUUGUACCCUCUCUACCCAGAGUCAGGAACCUCUCACUACCUGGCCUUUAUGGAUCUUGAAGACUUUGGACCCUGUGUACAUGUGACAGGAAACUCAGAGGAGUCUAGAGCACAACUGCUGGAAGCUACAGAUAGUUUUUCUGUUGCAGCUUUAAAAGGAAUGAGUAACUUGUGGAUUUUACAACAGUCAGAGUUUAUUCGUUGUUUGGCCAUUUGUUUUCAGUCUUUGUCUCAGUGGCCAGCCACCAAGGCUCAAUCACUAUCUAUUCAUAGGCUACUUCAUGAAGUUAUGAAGACACCAGUCUCUAUGUUAGAAGACAGUUUAACUACGUUGCAACGAUGCUAUGACUUUCACUAUGCCAGUACAGUUGUAGACAACACAUCUGAACCUGUUCCAGAUAGGGCUGGAAACUCUCAACUGAAGGGAUUGUAUGUAGCCAUUCAUAGCCUUGACCUUCACCUUCAGUCCGCUCUGAAAAUAUCACAGUCUUUGGCCUCAGACAUACAGAAACAAAUAGACAACUCUGAUGCAGAACCUUCUGAUGAACCCAAUAAUGAAUGGAUGCAAAAGUUGCUUAGAAUCAAGACAGAGUUGGCAGCUUGCCAUGACUGCAUGUCUGAAGGUCAAAGUCAAGGUGACAGGUUAUUCAGAAGACAGCCAGAGAGUGCUGAAGGUGAAACGCAUGGAAAGGUGUCCUUAUCUAUGAAAAAGCAACCAGCUACGAAAGCGACUGUGCAAAUCCUGGGUGAGCCAGUCAUUGAGGAUGAAGUAUUUGAGACGUAUGUCGAUGAUGAAGCUGAGGACAUGCAGGCAUCUGCAUGGGAUGAGUUCCUAAGCCCGGAAGAGAAGGCCAAGAAGAAAAAGGAGAAGGAAGAAGCUGUCCGACUUCUGUCUGAACUAAGGACAGUGAUCUCAGGUCUGGCUGAAGAACGGAAGAAAAAAGAGGAAAGAAUUUUACUUGCCAAAUAUGGCUUUGUUCAGAGUGAGUGUCAUUCAGGAGAUAAUGUGCAGUCAGUCAGUUUGGAGUCCAGAGUUGAUGUCCAGAGUACGCCAGGAACAGUUAGUGCAGGUGUUAACAUCCAAAGUGAUAAUGUGAAGGAGGAAUCAUUGAUGAAUUCUGGUCAGAACUUGCCCAAAGUGACAAUUAAGCCGGCAGCUGAAGAAGAUGAGUUGUCUCCCCUCAGUGUCAAACCGCCAGCUCUUCUCCAGGAUUUACCUGUUUCAUCAGGAAGCACAGAGACAUUUGUUGAUGCUGGUGAACAAGCUAGUGUGUCAAGUCGACUAGAACGUCUCGCAGGUCCUAAUUUGUCCUUCACAGCUUCUUUGGCUGCCCAAGCUGUUGCCAAGUAUCGCCUUCUCGGUUUAGAAUCUCAAACAUUUGGUGAUGAUAAUGACAUUUACGGAGACUCUGAAAAUGAUAGUGAUUCUUUUGAAGACUCAAAGACCUCGAAAUGAAAUUACAAAAUACCGUUUUGCACCCGAUUUUUAUCCCUCGCUCACAAGUUUGUCCUGUGCCUGAUCCACAGGUUGUUUAUAGUGAUUAUUCUAAAAAAGCAAAUGCAGGGUGACAUGAAACGAGGUGACAUUCUGGGACUUGUUUUCUCAAAUUUUCUUUCUCGAAGAAACGAACUCAUUCUUAUGAAGUAAUCUUAGCAUUAGCAGACAUACUUUACCACCUGUGCAGCUGCUGGUAUAUCCCAGUUUCUAGUACUGCCUAUUUAAUGGUUAACCUGAAUAGCCUUUGCUGUAUUACAUGCAAUACCAUGCUGAAAAUCUCCCUGAAGUCUGUCUUUAAGUACACAAACUACUCCCCUGGUCAGUGCAGUUCCUCUUUUUCCUUGUCCAGUGCAGAUGACUACAACAGUCAGGGCUGUUGUUGGCCAGAUGCUGUGGUCUAGGUGUUAAAAGUGCUUGUCUUUCCAUCACUAGGACUAGGAUGGGGUGCAGGUUAAAACCUAGACUGAUAACAUGUGGAGCCUAUAUAGUCAUUCUUUACUCGAUACUCACUGAUAUAGCUUUCUUGUCUGUUAUAAGCCAACUAGGGGAAUUCCCCAUGACAUGUUGUGUCAGCCAUUGAAUUGCAGCUACACAUUAGCUGUCACAUAAGGAAUGUUUGGCAAGACUGUGGCAGUUAUGUCCCAGAUGAAAUUUGCCUUCACAUUCACCAUUAAGCUGGAAACCCACUGGUACUUUAUCCACCAGCUGAUUGAUAAGGGUAUCAUACAACAAUAAAAUUGCUGAACAUUUCAGACGAACUGGUUGAUGGACUGCUGUUGCUGUUGUCUUGACUUCAAGUCGGUCAGCAGUGCCAAAAGCACAGUGACUUUCCACGGCCAGUUCGCACACAUAAAAGCCUAUUUUUUUUUCAAAUCUGUUGUAGUCCAGCUCUCACAUGGAGUCAGUCGUGUUGUUAGAACUUUCAAUCAGAUGCAGUUGUCUGGAUUUUCCUGUUUCCCGGGCAUUUCAGCCAUUUGAUUGUCUCUCUAAUAAAGCCAAUCAUAAAGGGUCAUAACAUGGAGAGUGCUAUAUUUAUCGGUGGGUGAUUGAGUAAAGAAUGACGAAAUGGGCCACUGAUAUUAUGCAGGGUUCACACAGAUCAGGGAAAAUCUGGAAUAUCAGGGAAAACAGAACUGCCUGUUCCAGACACAGGAAUGUCAGGGAAUUUAAGAUUUUAAUGGUUUUAUCCUGGAAUAUCUGCUGCUGUCUGCUGUAGCAAUUUUCAAAAGUCAGACAGCUCUAAUUUCCUUGAUGUUUGCGGUUAUAAAAUAGAAAAUACAAAUGUACCAGCACACAACAUUUGUUCUGUGUUUUUAAUGAAGUGGUUUCAAGUGCAGUUAAAACCAGACCUUGAUUAGGGAAUUUGUAGAUUCCCCAACUUCCACCGCUUGUUUUGUCUAGGUGUACAUUUGUGAAUUGUUAACUUUGUUGAAGACCACUCG